AUGUCUCAAAACAAAGACUGGAGCGCAAGCCAAUACCUCAAAUUCGAAAACGAACGCACCAAGCCCGCCCGCGAUCUCCUCUUCCAUGUGCCCCUAAUAGCCCCAAAGAGAAUAAUCGACCUAGGCUGCGGCCCAGCCAACUCAACAACAGUCCUGGCAACACAAUACCCAUCAGCAACGAUAACAGGCCUAGACUCAUCUCCAGACAUGAUUGAACGUGCCAAAAAAGUUCUCCCAGACCGGGACUUCCACGUCGCAGAUCUAAACACCUACACGCCAGACCCAGCCGAGUCUGUCGACCUCUUCUUCUCGAACGCGGUGUUCCAGUGGCUAAAAGCCGACGACCGUAUUGAGGUGAUUAAGCGACUGCUAAAGCCCCAGAAAGAGGGUACUGUCUUUGCCCUUCAGGUCCCGCAUAACCUGAACGAGCCUUCCCAUCUGCUUAUGGGGGAAACUGCUGCUGACGGCCCGUGGGCGGGAAAGCUCGCUGGUGUGCAGAGAGAAAAGUUUCAGUCGCCGCAGGAGCUUUAUGAUCUUGUUAAGCCGUUUUGUAGUCAGGUUUCGGUCUUCGAGACGAGUUAUUAUCAUUCGCUUGAGAGUCAUGAGGCUGUUAUUGAGUGGGUGAAGGGGACGGGAUUGAGGCCGUUUUUGGAUCCGUUGGAGGAUGGUCAGAAGGAGGCUUUCUUGAAGAAUUACUUGAGACGCUUGCAGUCUGCUUAUCCUGUUUCCGUUGAUAGGAGGGUAUUGUUGAAGUAUCCGCGCUUGUUUAUGGUUGCUGUGAAAUGA